AUGGUUAGAGGUAUAUUUCUUUUAUUGCCUUCACUUCUGUCUGUCGUAGUUCACGCGAAUGACUGGUCGGAGCCGUGCUUCGGCGAGUGCUCCUACGACAUCAGUGGCAGUGGUGUUUCUGGGAUCGUGUAUAUUUCCGGAUCUUCCAGUGCCGUUUCGGAUAUUACCACGGCUGGUGGUUGGGAUAUUCUCGACUGCGACUCUGACAGCACGGCGCAGGAUAUCCGGGCCAUAUGUGGCAGUGGCAAUUCGACGUGCGACCACCUCUAUGAAGGCGGAGCAAUUGGCACUAUUGUCCGACUUCCUGAAAAUUGUACACAAAUGCCCUUCGCACGCAUCUCCGAUACUUGGGACCACGAGGACCAGUCGAUGCCAGCGGAAAAGCGUUCUCGACUGUUUUACAGGCAAGGCUCAGCUGUAGUCAAGGGGUUCAGCCUUGACACGAACUUCAGUGCGAUUGACCCCUCACAGUAUGGCAAUGUGUCAUUCUGGGUACAAGGCACAUCGAUGCCAGGCGCAUCGUUCGCUUCGGCUUCGACCUCCGGAAAGCGAGCUCUCCACGAGCGCAGUUCAUUUGGCUGGGUACAGCAAUCCUUGAAUAAUAUCUCGCAAUUCAGCAAGAAUGUGUCGGAGAAUGUUCUGCCCAUUAACGUGCAGAAACAAGGCGUUCUCUUCAACGAAUCUAUCGCAUGUCCAGCCAUCGGCAAUAUACCUCCUUUUGCGGCUGAUAUUGCGGUCGCGAUCGAUGCUCAGGUCGAUGCGACACUGCAGUAUGGUGUUGCUGUCUCGGGUACACUCGUGCCUCCAGAAAUGUCCGAGUUUGGCCUGUUCGCAGGUCUCUCCGGUUCUAUCGACGGCACAUUGAUUGCGAACGCUACUGCCGCUACUACCCUGAGUACUGGCAUUAUCCCGCUUCUCCAAGUUGGCAUCCCUGUAUUAGAUAUUCCUGGUAUCCUAACCAUCGGCCCUACUUUUGAGCUCAAUGUGGAAGCUACCGCUAUGUUGGAUGUUGACCUGAACCUCGCUGUUGGUUUGAACUACAACAUUAGUAACGCGGAGUUGUAUUUCCCUCCAUCAAGCAAUUCGGCGACCUCGGGUGGAAUUUUUAUGCCAGGCGACACAAAUGUACAGCUGUCCGCGAGUCCUAACGUGACAUCGCAGACUACCCUAACAGCACAUCUCAUUCCGACUGUUGCGUUUGGUAUUAAUGCAUUGUCUGGCGUUGCCCAAGCCACGGUUGAUCUCGACCUGGAUGCGUCUGUCACGCUCGACCUUGAUUUACAAGCAAGCAUGUCGUCAAACACCACAGGGAACACCACCGGAAGUGCAUUCGGAGGGUCCGUGAAUAUCACAUCGGAAUUCGACGUCAACGCUGGUGCGGACGCCUCCUUCUUAGCCUUCUUCGACAAGUCAACCACCGUCACUCUAUUCUCGAAAACAUUCGAACUCUUCCAGGAGAACUUUGGGAAUGCCGCUGCAAAGAGGAUGGCUCGACGUGCUCCUCGGCCUUUAAGGCGUAGUUCUCUUACAUGUCCAGUUGUCGCUCUUGAAACUAUCGAGUCGAUCAUCGACAUAGAGAAGGCAGCAUCGUCAUUGUCCGGGUAA